GCACUCCCUUACCCCCUUGCCUCUCCAACUUUAGCCCCGCCAUCAUUAUUUAUUAUUGCCAGCGUUGCUAAUUCCGAUCUGCAAAAACAUCCAGGCACUGAAUUCUACAGGCUAAAGACCAUCCGCGUUCGAUACAGCGAAACACCAAACAAUAACACAUAAGCAAUAUUUAUUAUAUCCUAUCGACACUCUUCUUACUCUAUUCGUUCCCCGCCCUCCCUGUCGUCAUCAUGUCGGACAAUCAGUACAAAUUCGAGGUCACCAUGAGCUGCGGCGGUUGCUCUGGAGCCGUGGAACGGGUCCUGAAGAAGCUUGAAGGAGUCAAAUCCUUCGACGUCCGCCUGGAUACGCAGACCGCAACGGUUGUGACUGACCCGUCUGUGUCGUAUGAGACUGUACUGGAGACGAUCAAGAAGACUGGAAAGCCUGUCCUCAGUGGGACUAUCAUCAGUGAGAAUGCGGAUGCCCAGGCCUAAUGUGCUUGAAAGUGUCAGAUUCAAGAUAGGGACGAUGGUUAGGCACGGCGUUGGAAACAGACUGAAUGGGAAUUCGCUCUUUUCUUUCUCUCCUCCUUUUUGGCUACUGUGUUCAUAUCACCUUGAACCUGCGUGUCUCAUUUGGUUGAUAUUUACUAGCGUUAUUCGAACGCUAAGCACGCCUGCUAGAAUUACUUUGUUUGUCACCAAGUCGGG